AUGGCCCGCACCAAGCAAACAGCGCGCAAGUCCACAGGCGGGAAGGCGCCCCGCAAGCAGCUGGCCACCAAGGCGGCCCGCAAGAGCGCGCCGGCCACGGGCGGCGUGAAGAAGCCGCACCGCUACCGGCCCGGCACCGUGGCGCUGCGCGAGAUCCGCCGCUACCAGAAGUCCACCGAGCUGCUGAUCCGCAAGCUGCCGUUCCAGCGGCUGGUGCGCGAGAUCGCGCAGGACUUCAAGACCGACCUGCGCUUCCAGAGCUCGGCCGUCAUGGCGCUGCAGGAGGCGUGCGAGGCCUACCUGGUGGGGCUCUUCGAGGACACCAACCUGUGCUUGUUCUUGACUUCUGAAGCCAUGUCUGGACGCGGCAAGGGCGGGAAGGGUCUCGGCAAAGGCGGCGCCAAGCGCCACCGCAAGGUGCUCCGCGACAACAUCCAGGGCAUCACCAAGCCCGCCAUCCGCCGCCUGGCCCGGCGCGGCGGCGUCAAGCGCAUCUCGGGGCUCAUCUACGAGGAGACCCGCGGGGUGCUCAAGGUCUUCCUGGAGAACGUCAUCCGCGACGCCGUCACCUACACCGAGCACGCCAAGCGCAAGACCGUCACGGCCAUGGACGUGGUCUACGCGCUCAAGCGCCAGGGCCGCACCCUCUACGGCUUCGGCGGCUAAGCUCUCCUCCCCUCACCCACUCCCAAAGGCCCUUUUCAGGGCCGCCCAACUCGUCAGAAAAGAGCUGUGACAACUUCCCUCUCUGCUCAACUGUCGCCCGAUUGAAGGGAAACUCCGAGCCUGCAGGGCUCUAAGAAUAAAUUCAUGUCCUCCAACCAGAGUCUAUGUCGCUAACCUCUGUGGGAGUGGAGCUGGAGUAUUAACAAUAGCUACAAGCCUGUUUCUGU